AUGUCACAGAAUCAUGCUCUCUCCGAUGACCAGGUCGCGGGCGAACUUCGCAAGAUGACCGCCUUCAUCCGACAAGAAGCUCUGGAGAAGGCUCGUGAGAUUCAACUGAAGGCCGACGAGGAGUUCGCAAUUGAAAAGUCCAAGCUUGUGCGCCAAGAGACCGCCGCCAUUGACACGCUGUACGAGAAGAAAUUCAAGCAGGCUGCCAUGUCGCAGCAGAUCACCCGAUCGACUCUAGCCAACAAGACUCGUCUUCGCGUUCUCGGUGGCCGUCAGGAGCUCUUGGAUGAGCUUUUCCAGAAGUCUCGUGAGAAGGUUACCACCGUGGCUGAUAGCGAUAAAAAGAAGUACCAGACUAUGCUACAGGGACUCGUCCUUGAGGGAUUGUAUUACCUGAAUGAGGAUAAGGUGUCUGUCCGCUCCCGGAAGAAGGACUACGACAUCACGAAGAAGGCCAUUACGGAGGCGGCUAAGGAGUUUGAGAAGAACGUUGGCUCGGAGGUAACUGUGACCCUGGACGAGUCGGAGCCAUUGCCUGAAGGAUCCGCUGGUGGUGUCUUCAUUAUAGGCGGCCAGGGUAAGAUCGAAAUCAACAACACCUUUGAGGAGCGUCUGCGACUACUGGAAAUUGACGCUCUGCCUGCCGUGCGAGAAACCCUCUUUGGAAAGAACGAGAAUCGACGAUUCUACGACUAG